GGGUCAUUGCUAGCUGAUUGCGCGACUCUUCUUCCACUGACGAACACAAGAAGCACAUGUGUGAAUCUCUUUCCCAUAUAGACCCCGUAGGCGAUUGUCAUGACAUCUCUGCCACUGCUUCAACCUGAUGCAGAAAUGAGUUCCUGUUGUUGCAUUAUAAGAGGCUUCAUUAUCAAACUAGGAUGAAAAUUGAAAUUAUGGAGGCAGAACCAUCAAUUCCCUCAGAUUCGCUCCGGAGUCAGAUUUCCAAAUUUUCUACCAUGCUCACUAAAGCAUACAAAAGAAAGUCAAUCCAUUAUUGGAUUCUUCUUGCUCUCAGCAUCUUGGCAAUGCUUGUGGCAUUUCCUGCUUCCAGCAUUCUGUCUCGUGUUUAUUAUGAUAACGGUGGCCAGAGCAAGUGGAUCAUUUCAUGGGUAGCUGUUGCUGGAUGGCCCCUAACUGCCUUAAUAUUGUUUCCUGUAUACUUCAUCAGUAAAACCUUUCCCACCUCUCUGAACUUAAAACUGAGUCUGUCUUAUAUUGUUUUGGGUUUCCUAAGUGCUGCUGAUAACCUCAUGUAUGCUUAUGCCUAUGCUUACCUCCCUGCAUCCACCGCCUCACUCGUGGCUUCAUCAUCCCUUGUGUUUUCUGCACUCUUUGGAUACUUUCUUGUGAAAAACAAAGUGAAUGCUUCGAUAGUGAAUUCCGUUUUCAUCAUAACCAUUGCAUUGACCAUCAUUGCACUGGACUCGAGUUCAGACAGAUAUGCCAACAUCAGUGACAGUGAGUACAUCAUGGGAUUUGUGUGGGAUGUUUUAGGAUCUGCUCUUCACGGGCUUAUAUUCGCUCUCUCGGAGCUUGUCUUUGUGAAGUUGCUUGAAAGAAGAUCCUUCAUCGUUGUUCUGGAGCAGCAAGUCAUGGUUUCUCUGUUUGCAUUUCUGUUUACCACUGUAGGGAUGAUUAUGAGUGGUGAUUUCCAAGGGAUGGCACAUGAGGCUACCACUUUCAAAGGUGGUAGAAGUGCUUAUUAUCUUGUUAUCAUUUGGGGUGCAAUCACUUUUCAGCUGGGGGUUCUGGGGGGCACUGCUGUAAUUUUCUUGGGCUCUACUGUGCUAGCAGGUGUGCUUAAUGCAGUAAGAACACCCAUAACAAGCAUUGCAGCUGUUAUACUGCUAAAGGACCCUAUGAGUGGUUUCAAGAUCCUCUCCCUAGUGAUCACCUUUUGGGGAUUUGGCUCAUAUAUUUAUGGAAGUUCUAAAAUAUGGCCAUAGACUCCAGUUCUUAAGAUGCUCUCUUUAGAAAUUCUAAGGAGGUGAUUGUUGUAAGAUGUAUGAUUAAAUAUCCGUACAUAAAUAUUGGUAAUGUUGUUGUUUGGUAAAUCACAAAUAUGAUUCUUUAUAUUUAAUGCUUUAAAAAUAUACUUUUUGUCAUAAA